AUCGACACGCCCUUACCUAAGAGGGGAAAAAAAGAAGGCAAAAGCCAGUUGCUCGUGUUCUCAUUGAAUCCAAAGAUCCGUAAUAAUGUUUGUGCUUUCUUGAUGGACUCUCACACGAAAACAGGGACAGUUUACCUUCAACCGCGCAAAGCUGGCAAAAAAUGGAAGCCAGUGUUGUUGUCACUGGUGCCACCAAGCAGCAAUGGAGUGGGUCGAUUGGAGAUUCAGUUAAUAGAAGGUGGUGAUGGAGGAAGAGAUUAUGGUGCAGGGUUGAAGAGACACCAGCAGCCUCAAGAAAGCAAGGUCAAAGUGGUCCGACUAUCUGAGCUUAUUAGUGUGCUGAGACUUCCACCAAAUGCUGAAGCCUGUCCCAUGGAAAACAUGUCAGCUUUUUGUGUGGAGUCACAGGGGAGAACGAUGGUGUUUGCUACACAAAAAGAUGACUGUGUGGACUGGGUAGAGAAACUUUGCCAAAGAACGUUUCAGAAGCGCACUCACUCAGGCACUAAUCAGCUUCACAUGGAGGAAAAUCAGAUAUAUGCAACAGCAAAUGACGCCCUUUGUACCAUUUUUCCAGCCACAGAUUUCUGUGUGGUGGUGCAAAGGACAGAUGCAGCAAUACGUUGUGGAUUGCAGGGUGCAUACUGGCUCCAGGUUGGACAAAAGACCCUCCUUCUGAAAGAUACUCAGAAGGUGAACAUUGUUGGACAGUGGCCAUAUGAACUGCUGAGGCGAUAUGGUAAAGAUAAGCUGACAUUAACCAUUGAAGCAGGAAGACGAUGUAACAGUGGUCCUGGAACAUUCACCUUUGAAACAGAACAAUCUGAGAAAAUAUUCAACCUGAUUCAAAGCACCAUCAAGCAAAAGACUUUAGCUGUUACAUCAGGUAACCUUCACCAGGAAGAACACAACGCUUUAGUACCAAACAUACACACUAAUUCCCCUCUCCCCAAAGUCGCCGCUAUGACAAGUGUGCCCUCCAUUCUGGAAAACAGGAGGACACAAGUAAAGACAUCUCAAGUCACAGAGGACAAUACGGGAUGUCAAGAUGAUCCCGCUCAUUCAUCAGAAAAUCAGUCAAUACAGCCAGCUCCAAUCACACUUAUGCCUCUCCCAGUGGUCCCAAAAUUUGGCAAUCCCUCUGGAAGUCUUCAUGGUUGCCAAUUUGAAGCUGAAUAUGCCAACCCAGCUGACUGCAUCCAAAAUGUACCAAAACCUCAAGCUACCGUGUCUCACGUCUACAUAGACCCUGCAAGUGUUCUUCCCCUCCAUCCUCCAACUUCAAAAAAAUAUAUAAAUACAGUUUCGAACACAUUCACCCCACACUCUUGCUUCAUUAUCAGUGACCCAGACUCUGUUUAUUCUGAGGUGUAUGAUAAUGUCAGUCUGGGCAAGAAUGAAUCAAAUGCCAAGUGGAGUGAACAACAUAGGAAUUUUACAGAGGAUGAACCAAUUUAUACUGUACCUGUGAGUAAGGAAGAUGAAGUUUCUGAUAAAGCUGAAACCAAACCAGAUCCAUUUGCCCACCUCUAUGCUCAAGUGAAUAAAACACCUCCAUCAUCGAGUCCCUCUGCAACCCCACCUCCCCCAUCUUCAUCAUCCUUAGCCAGCAGCAUCGCUGCUACCAAAAUUUCUGACACCUCUACUGACGAUGUCAUCUAUGAAAACCUGGGCAUCAUUUAAUUCAGCCGAAUAUGAAAAUCUACAUUAAGGCAUUACAGUAAGUCCCCGGGCUGAAUAGCCUCACCUUCCAAAAUGAAAUGCGCAUGCCUGGUCCACAUUUUCAUUUUCAGAUGUAUAUACAAUUGUAUGUAUUCAAUCUAUUUUUAGCCUUUUUAAAUAAAAAAUGUCUAUUGAUAUGAAAAACA